AUGAUAACGGCACCCGAAGAGCGGACUGACUUUACGGCGGGGAGGAGGAGGCGACGCCGGCGGAAGAUGGGCUGCGGGCCGUCGUGCUCGGUGACGGUGUGGCACCCCGAGAGCUCGGCGAACGACCGCGCGGCGGGAGGUCGCAGCCCACGCGCAGUGCGCGUGUGGCCCGUCCGUCCGGCGGCGCGAGUGGGUCCCGACGCCUCGGGCUACCGGUCGUCGCAGGGCCUGGCCCAGGACAGCUGCUGCCGCGCCGACGACACUGCGGCCAGGCCCGACUCCGCGUACGAGGCGAGCUCCGUGGCCUUCGAGCUCCCCGACGUCCACUCACUCCACCCGCUCAGAGUCACGCUGCGGCCGCGGCUGCCUCUCCGAACCCUGAAUGCGCGUCUCUUGCGAGCGCAGAAGACCGCGCUGGAGGACGAAGAGGCGAUUCGCAACCUGCCGCUGACGGAGCUGUUCGUGGACAGCCACUUCCCGCCGGCCGAGUCGUCGCUCUUCGCGCACCGCAGGCCCGUGCCUGGCAGGAUCACCUGGCUCAGGCCGCACGAGAUGGUCUCCGAACCGCAGCUGCUUGUCAAUGGAGUGAGCCGCAACGACAUCGUCCAGGGCGCCCUCGGAGACUGCUGGUUCCUUUCAUCGUGCGCAGCUGUGGCGCAAAGGCCUGACCUCAUGCACAGGGUGGUUCCCCAAGAGCAGCAACUGUACGGGUCAGAGUACAAGGGUGCGGUGCGCUUCAACCUAUGGCGCUUCGGCCGCUGGGUGGUGGUGUACGUGGACGACCUGCUGCCCACCAGCGAGGACCGGCUCAUCUACUCGCGGUGCAGUGACCCACGGGAGUUCUGGGUCGCCCUGCUCGAGAAGGCGUACGCCAAGCUACACGGUAGCUAUGAGGCCCUGGAAGGCGGCCAGGCCAUGGACGCCAUGGUGGACCUGACCAGCGGCCUGGCCGAGCGGUACGACUUGCAGGACGCUCCGGAUAACUUGUUCGGUUUCCUGCUCAAGGCCUCCGAGCACGGCGCCUUCAUCACCUGCUCGCGCAAGGGUGACUGGUGGCUGGCCACGGCGGCUGACCCUAACGGCCUGGUGUCGGGCCACGCGUACACGGUGAGCGCAGUGCGCCGUGUGGCGCUCAGCAACGGAGACGACGCCUGCCUGCUGCGCGUGCGCAAUCCUUGGGGCAACGGAAUCGAGUGGACCGGCGACUGGAGCGACGCAGAUCCUCAGUGGUCUUUGGUGGACGCGGAGACGAAGAAGCAGAUGGAGUGGCGCCAACACGGCGAUGGCGAGUUCUGGAUGAAGUACGAGGACUUCUGCCGCGAGUUCGAGGAGGUUUCCAUAUGCACUCUCGGACCCGACUUCGACGGCGACGGCAUACCUGAGAAACCAGGAGAGGUGCGCGCAAUCCGUGGCGUGUGGGUCGACGGCAUCAACUCGGGCGGAUCAAGAAACAACCUGAGCUCGUUCAGCAGCAAUCCGCAGUACCUGCUGUCCAUCAGGCCUUCACCAGGAGACCGAGGUGAGUUACUUGCUUUCACGGCCGAGGACGCUACGGCGAGCGUCGUGGUCGCACUGAUGCAGGUGCACCCACCUCACAACGCGUUCAUCACCCGCAGUCGCUUGCGCAUGCAUCAGAUAGGAUUCGUCAUCUAUCAAGCGUUGGACCAUUUCCGGCGCUUAUCGCUCGACCACUUUGCGCGCACGCCGGACGUGGCCAACUCCGGGGCGUACAUCAACUACCGCGAGGUGUUCGGUCGCUUCGAGCUGCGGCCGGGUCAUUACGUCAUCAUACCGGCCACCUUCGACCCACACUGUCCCGGAGCGUUCAUGAUACGGGUGUACGCCAGCAGCCCCUUCCAACUGAGGUGAACAAAAUGUCGCCUUAGUUUUGAGCAGUGAAUGGCGUGGCAGUAGCGUAUGAAUGUCGGAAGCCACCCCACUGAAUGUACAUUAGCGAACGCGCGCGUACUACUUUUGUCAAAAGAAGAAAAAAAAGAAAGUCGCUGUUUUGCAGAACACUGACUCUGGCUUCGGGGUGUUUAGAUGAUCGCCGAUUGUAACUAUGCCGCUCCAAAUUUUUGGAGAGGUAGCUACGCUGCC